CAUGGACCCUUCCUUCAUCUCUCUUUCGCUCUUGCCAAACAGGUCCAUCUGUGCCCAAUUAACAAACACACAAAUUCCCCCUUGAGACUUUGCUGGACUCAGCCAGUCGACCAACCAACCCCGACCCGUCACACUCGCCCAACCAUCAUAUCAUCGAUCAGUAUUAUCGUUAUUAUUAUCAUUAUUAUUAUUAUCAUAACUACUACUAUCGUUAUUACCACCUCUACCACCACCACCAUCAUCAGAAGCAGCAGCAUCUCCGCUGUCAAUCUCAUUGGCCAUCAAUUCAUCAUCCUGGUCAAGGUACCUACCUACCUAUCUCUGAGCUACUGGAACCAUGCUUGGAAAAGGCGUGAAGACGCUCCUGCAGAGCUCUCGCCAGUCCCUGGUCCAUUCCUCACGGGGUCAUGCAUCGGCCUCGUCAGGCCUCAAAGUAAUGGCCAUUCGGAGGGAGGACCAAUCGGUGUGGGAGAGACGAGCUCCUUUGGCCCCGCAUCAUGUGCGGAAGCUCUACAAGGAGGGCGUGAAGGUCAUUGUCCAGCCUUCGAAUCGCAGAGCUUAUCCCACUCAGUCGUAUCGGAGCGCUGGAGCCGUGAUUCAAGAGGACAUCUCGGAGGCCAGCGUGGUGUUCGGCGUGAAACAAGUGCCUGUGGAUUCUCUCAUGUCCAACAAGACGUUCUGCUUCUUCUCGCACACAAUCAAAGCUCAACCGGACAACAUGGAUCUUUUGGACGCGUGCCUGGAUAAGAAUGUCAGGCUCGUGGACUAUGAGCGCAUGUGUGAUGAAACAGGACAACGAGUGGUGGCCUUUGGAAAGUUUGCCGGAAUUGCCGGAAUGAUCGACAUCUUGAACGGAUUAGGAUUGCGAAUGCUGGCCCUGGGCCAUCACACUCCUUUCAUGCACAUUGGUCCAGCACAUAAUUACCGAAAUUCUCACCACGCCAGACAGGGCAUUCGUGAUGCUGGCUACGAGAUUUCCCUUGGACUCAUGCCGGACUCCAUUGGUCCCAUGACGUUCGUUUUCACCGGAUCCGGCAACGUCUCCCAAGGAGCUCAAGAGAUCUUCCAACAACUCCCCCAUGAGUAUGUCCCUCCCAAUGUUCUGGCUCAAGUGGCCGAGAAAGGUGACAAGCGGAAGAUCUACGCAUGCGAGGUUCGUCGAUCAGACCAAUUUGAGAGGAAACACGGCGGGGGAUUCGACGCUCAGGAAUUUGACGAGUUCCCCGAGCGCUACAUUUCCAACUUCUCCAAGAAGUUCGCUCCUUAUGCCUCUUGCAUUGUGAACGGCAUCUAUUGGUCGCCUGAAACGCCCAGGUUGCUCACGAUCCCGGAUGCCAAGGCUCUAUUGACCCCCGUCAACUCAAAGAACUGGCUGGCGCAAAGCAAAGGCGCCCCUGCUCUGCCUCAUAGGCUCUUGGCGAUUUGCGACAUCUCAGCUGAUCCAGAUGGUUCGAUUGAGUUCAUGAAUGAGUGCACCACCAUCGACGAGCCCUUCUGUCUCUAUGACGCGGAUCGGAACAAGGAUAAAAAGACCUUCAAGGGCCCCGGGGUGCUCAUUUGCUCGAUUGACAAUAUGCCCACCCAAUUGCCCAGGGAGGCCACCGACUUCUUUGGCGACCUCCUCCUACCCCAUGUGAACGCCAUUUUGGGGAGCGACGCUACCCAGGAGUUUGGAGACCACGAGCAAAACAAGCUGGGCUCUAUCGUGUCCAACGCCGUGAUCACGUCCAACGGCAAGCUGACCAAGAACUUUGAGUACAUCCAAGAGCUGAGAGAGGCCAAUGAGCCCACUAUCAAGGGCGACUUCAGUGGUUGCGAUCGCAAGGUUCUAGUCCUGGGUGCUGGCUACGUCUCAGCUCCGGUCAUUGAGUACCUCACCCGGGACAAGUCCAUUGGGAUCACGGUGGCGUCGGACUUGAAGGCCGAGGCCAACAAGUUGGCCUCUCGGUUCGAGCGAACUGACCCCGUUCUGUUGAACAUUGAGGAAAGGCCGGACACCCUCAACGAUCUGAUUCAAGGGCAUGAUUGUGUGAUUUCCUUGCUUCCCUGGCCGUUGCACCCCAAAAUUGCGGAGAGCUGCAUCAGUCAAAAGCGCGACUUGGUCACUGCCAGCUAUUGCUCCGAUCAAAUGAGGUCGAUGCACGGUGCUUGUGAAGAGGCUGGUAUCACGGUCGUCAAUGAGGUUGGUGCCGAUCCCGGUAUCGACCAUUUCCUGGCAAUGCAAUGCUUUGAUGAGGUGGCCACUGCUGGUGGCAAGGUGGAGAAAUUCAUCUCAUACUGUGGAGGUUUGCCCGCCCCCGAGGUGUCGGACAACGCGUUGGGGUACAAGUUCUCUUGGAGCCCUCGAGGGGCAUUGAUGAAUAUGCUGGCAGGGGCCAAGUACUUGGAGAACGAUAAGGUGGUCACCGUUGAUCCCAAUGGCGGUCUUUUGGAUUCGGUCCGACCCAUGGACUUCCUCCCUGGUUUCAACUUGGAGGGCUAUCCCAAUCGCGAUUCGACCAUCUAUAAGAAGUUGUACGGCAUCUCGGAUGCCGACACCAUCAUUCGUGGCACGCUCAGAUACAAAGGCUACACGGACGCCGUCAAGGGUCUGGUUCGCUUGGGACUCCUCUCCCCCGAUCCUCAUCCGAGUCUCCAUGAACACGGCUCAGACAUCACUUGGAAGGAGCUCAUGUGUCAAUUGUUGAACAUGGAACAAGACGCCUUCUACGGAAACGUCUUAGAGGCCCUCAAUGAGCGUGUGGGCUCUGAGAAACGCACCAAUGCUUUGGUGGCUUUGGGAUUGACCUCCAAUGAGGAGGUGGAGAAACGAGGAUCCCCUUUGAACACGCUCAGCAACCAUUUGGCAGGCAUCUUGGCCUUUGGAGAAGGCGAAAGAGACAUGCUUCUCAUGAGACACGAGGUUCAAAUCCAAUGGCCGGACAAACGACGGGAAUUGCGUGGCAUCAACUUUGUGUCCUAUGGGUCGUCCGAUCCGGUCAACGGCUACUCGGCCAUGGCCAAGUGCGUGGGCUACCCAUGUGCCAUUGCCACCAAAAUGGUUCUGGACAAGGAGAUCCAGAAGCGUGGCAUGGUCCUGCCUUUCUCACAAGACAUCUACAAGCCAAUUCUCAUGCGAUUGGAAAGCGAAGGACUGAAGGCCACGGAAAAGAGCCAUUUCUUGUAAACCAUAUGCACUGAAAUUUUCCACACGUCAACUAUGUAAUAAAAACACGAUUCCAACUUA